AUAAUUCUCCAAUCAGUUAAGCGGUGACCGGUGUCGCAAAGGCAAUGGUCUUGUUACCGGAUCUUGGCCCUGCAUUUGGUCAUUUCUCUCUUCCCCUUUCAGGGCUACAUGAGUAGUAGUAGUAGUAUUUUUGUCGCUGAGUGCGCAAAAAGCCACCAAGCCAUCAAUUAUCUACGUACGUCUAAGGGAAGACAAUGCUGCACACAAUAACUACCUUCCUCCUCCCGAUCCUGGUUUCUUUACUGGCUCUACAACGACAUCGAGGUGCUCCACAAGAGAUAAGCAAUGUUCCCCGUGAUUUGCCGGCCGACGUAAAGGCUCCGUUGGAGAAAAUAGCCGGAACAGAACAGCAGUCAGAAACAUAUGGAGACAGGCUGAACAGCUACACGUCACCUAAAGAGCGCAAGAUUCGCAGUCCACCUGCAAACAGCGAUGCGGCAGGUGUGUGCGACAUAACUUCAAUCAGGAGUGAGUUAUCCGCCCUGCGCUCUGAGCUGAAGGCCAAAGUCCCUUGUGUUCCUGCCUCAGGAAAUGUUUCCGCUAACCUUCUCAACUUGGAAAUUACUAUCGAAGAACAGGCAGGCAUCAUUAAGUCUCUGCAGGACGAGAUGCUGAGCCUGAAGACAAGGCUUUCAUUUAUCGAAACAACUUUACAGAAAAAUGAGCUUUUGCAGAAAUUCAUGAGUCACCUAGUCGAAAUCGACUCUGCAGAAGAAAAUGAUUUUGUUUACAAUUUAAUCCGCAUGAAAGGGGUGACAGUAGCUUUGAUAGGAAUCAACGACAUUGCGCACGAUGGAAACUGGGUGUUCACCAGCGGAAGACCCUUGUCCUAUACCAACUGGAGGCAAGGAGAACCGAAUAACUACCUAGGGACAAUGGAAGACUGUGGAACCAUUAGACUGUCCGGUCUGUGGAAUGAUGUCCCCUGCAAUUACACCUGCAGUUCAGUCUGCGAGAGAUGUAAGAUGGCUUGGAACAAGUUUUAA